AUGAUUGUUCGAAGCUCGAUCCACUUUCAAAUCCAUUCAAGCUCACCUGUAGACAUGAGUACAACAGUGUCAUCUCGCAGUAUCCGUCACUAUCUGAAUGAAAAGGGACGCUAUGCUGGGAGACCCAGGAGGACCCCACUGCUGACAUGGAUACAUAAAAAGCCAGGCUGGAGUUUGACAACACUUAUGGAGAUGCCAAAAUCCUUCUUGGAGAAUGUCUUGUGGACAGAUAAGACCAAGGAAAAGGAAGACAUACCAUCCUCUUUUCUAGACGUAAGAUCCAGAGUACGGGAAGACCAGCUGGAGUUGUACGAUUUCUUCUACGGAUUUCUCCACAACGAAGACAGCGCAGAAUCAAGCAGAUUCAGGAAACUAUGUAACAUUCCUAUUACUCAAACACGUUUUGUUCAAGAGAAGACCCAAGAGAGUGAUGCUGAAUUGAAUGAGGCGUUCCCACCUGAGCAGGAUAAAGUCAAAGGAAAGGCGGAAAAGAGUCAGCUGAAGAAACUGAGAUUGAAGGAAAGAAAGCGCCUGAAGAAACUGGAGAAGACAAAAUCCAACAUGGAGGAGGAGGAUAACACCAAAAUCGUCGACAAAAUGGAGCACAGCAUAGCUAAACCAUCAACUUCAGCUAAUGACCUGCACCCCGUUGCUAGCGACAAGAUUGCAUGCGACAGUGACGAGUCCUAUGAUUGUGAGGGACUGGAUAUGAAAAGUUCUUUUGUGAACAAAGCUGCCCAAAGAGUUCAGAGCAAGAUGGAUCAGAAGCCCAAGUUGGAGAAGAAGGAGAAAAAGAAACCGCCGCCGCCCAAAAACGUACUUCCCAAGGAAGGAGACGAGGCAGACGAUGAGACUUGUGACGUUGCUUUCGAAGACAACGUUAAGAUAAGCAACAAAAUUGCCGCCAUUGGCAAUGACUGCGCUAGUGCCGGGCAGUUUGAUGCAGCCGUGCAGAAUUUUACCAAAGCUAUCCAGUACAAUCCUACGGAGUACAAGUUCUACGGAAAUCGUUCCUUCUGUUUUGAGAAGCUGAAGAAAUACGAGAAGGCUCUUGCCGACGCUGAGGUGUCACUCAACUUGUGCCCAGGCUGGACUAAAGGUUUUUUUAGGAAGGGACGGGCUUUGGCCGGGUUAAAGAGACACGAGGAGGCUGCCCAAGCCUUCCAGGAGGUUCUGAACCUGGACAACACUUGUAUUGAGGCAUCCCAGGAAAUGAUGAAGGAGCAGAUACUGCAGCUAAUGGAGGGAGGCUUCACGCGGACACAGUGCACCAAUGCCUUACUUCUACACGGCACAGUCCAGAAAGCACGGGAACUGCUGAACGAGCUACGUUCAAGUGAGUUGAACACGGCGGGAGGCAGACCGUUCCUGCCGGACCCUGCAGUUGGGGCCUCUGGGGUCCCCAAACCCUUGGAGCUGUUCCCAAUCUGGGUGGGGAACUUGAGCGUUUCAGUGACUGAGUGGAACCUCAACAAGCUGUUCAGCAAGGCUGGCUUUGUUUACAGCCUCAAGCUCCUGACCUUCAAACAAUGCGCCUUCAUCAACUUCACACAACAGGAGAGCUGCCAAGAAGCCAUAAACAGAUUUAAUGGCUAUGAGCUGAUGGGCAGCCAGAUCAGCGUUCGAUACCCAGACAGGAUGCCUGUGGGCAUGGGCAUCUCCAAGUUGGCCCUCAAGGCUCGAGAUGUCCGCAACGACAGUUGCCACCUAAGAGCCUGCCUUCCGCUUGGGAGACACAUUGAAGUGCACAAAGGGUCGCGGGGGCAUGCUGGAGCCUAUCCCAGCUGACUUUGGGCGACAGGCGGGGUACACCCUGGACUGGUCGCCAGCCAAUGGCAGGCCACAUAUAGACAAACAACCAUUCACACUCACAUUCAUACCUAUGGACAAUUUAGAGUCACCAAUUAACCUAACAUGCAUGUUUUUGGAAUGUGGGAGGAAACCGGAGUACCCGGAGAAAACCCACACACGCACGGGGAGAACAUGCAAACUCCACACAGAAAUGCCCAAGGGAGAAUCAAACCCAGGUCUUCCCGAUCUCCAGACUGGUACUGUGUUGGCAAACAAGCUAACCACUAGACCGCCGUGCGGCCCGUCAUAAUUCAUCAUUGAUUCAUAAUUGAUUAAAGUAUUUUUCCUUGUGAUCGUACAGCUUCAUUUGCAUCAAUGUGCUACUUAUUCUUGUUUUUUUUUUGCUUUUGUUCAUUUCUAUUUUUUUUCUUGCAAUAUUAUCAUUAUUAUUUGUAGUAGUAUUAUGAUUUUUGUCAUGUGUUUGAAUAGCAUCAUUGUCUAUAAAUAAUGUCUGCAUAUA